AUGGCUUCAAUCGUCCCUUCUGCUCCAAUUUCUCCUCCAAUGGAGUCAACUGGUAACCGUUUAAUGGCUUUAGAAUUAAAAGAUGGUACUGUCUUGGAAGGUUAUUCCUUCGGUUCUGAAGUUGCAUCUGCUGGUGAAUUAGUUUUCCAAACUGGUAUGGUUGGUUAUCCAGAAUCAAUUACUGAUCCUUCUUAUGAAGGUCAAAUUUUAGUCAUCACUUAUCCAUUAGUUGGUAAUUAUGGUGUUCCAGAUCGUGAAUUAAAAGAUGAAGAUGUUCCACAAAUUCCAAAAUAUUUUGAAUCUUCAAAAAUCCAUAUUUCUGGUUUAGUUGUUGCUCAUUAUACUGAAGAAUUCUCUCAUUUCUUAGCUAAAUCUUCAUUAGGUUCAUGGUUAAAAGAACAAAACAUCCCAGCUAUCUAUGGUGUUGAUACUAGAGCUUUAACCAAACAUUUAAGAACUUCUGGUUCAAUGUUAGGUCGUAUUGCUGUUCAAUCUGAUAAAGCUUCAGUUGAAGAAGCUGCUUCAUUAAAUUGGAAAUCUCAUUUUGAAAUUCCUGAAUGGGAUGAUCCAAAUGUUAAAAAUUUAGUUGCUAAAGUUUCAACUGAUAAACCUGUUUUAUAUACUCCAUCAACUGAAAAUGCUAUUAAAGGUCCAGAUGGUAAAACUUUAAGAAUCUUGGCUGUUGAUGUUGGUAUGAAAUUCAAUCAAAUCCGUUGUUUUGUUAGACGUGGUGUUGAAUUAAAAGUUGUCCCAUGGGAUCAUGAUAUUUCAUCUGAAGAGUAUGAUGGUUUAUUCAUUUCUAACGGUCCUGGUGAUCCUUCAGUUAUGGAUUCCACUGUGGAACAAUUGACCAAAGUUUUAGAAUCCAAAAAGACUCCAGUUUUCGGUAUUUGUCUUGGUCAUCAAUUAUUAGCUAGAGCUUCAGGUGCUUCAACUAUUAAAUUAAAAUUCGGUAACAGAGGUCAUAACAUUCCAUGUACUUCAACCAUUUCAGGUCGUUGUUAUAUUACUUCUCAAAAUCAUGGUUAUGCUGUUGAUACUACCACUUUGAAAAACGGUUGGAAAGAAUUAUUUGUCAAUGCUAACGAUGGUUCAAAUGAAGGUAUUUAUCAUUCAGAAUUACCAUAUUUCUCUGUUCAAUUCCAUCCAGAAUCUACCCCAGGUCCAAGAGAUACUGAAUUUUUAUUUGAUACUUUUAUUCAAUCUGUUUUAGAUCAUAAAACUUCCAAAACUUUGAAAUCAGUUUCAUUCCCAGGUGGUCAAUUACAAGAUAACUUGGCCAAAUCACCAAGAUUACACCCAAAGAAAGUUUUAGUCUUAGGUUCAGGUGGUUUAUCAAUUGGUCAAGCUGGUGAAUUCGAUUAUUCAGGUUCUCAAGCUAUUAAAGCUUUGAAAGAAGAAGGUAUCUAUACCAUUUUGAUUAAUCCAAACAUUGCUACUAUUCAAACUUCAAAAGGUUUAGCUGAUAAAGUUUAUUUCUUACCAGUCACCCCAGAUUUUGUUCGUAAAGUUAUUAAACAUGAAAAACCAGAUGCUAUUUAUGCUACUUUUGGUGGUCAAACCGCUUUAAGUGUUGGUAUUGCUUUGAAAGAUGAAUUUGAAUCUUUAGGUGUUAAAGUCUUAGGUACUCCAAUUGAUACCGUUAUUACUACUGAAGAUCGUGAAUUAUUCGCUAGAGCAAUGGAUGAAAUUGAUGAAAAAUGUGCUAAAUCAGCUUCUGCUUCAACUGUUGAUGAAGCUUUAGAUGCAGUUAAAGAUAUUGGAUUCCCAGUUAUUGUUCGUGCUGCUUAUGCCUUAGGUGGUUUAGGUUCAGGUUUCGCCAAUAACAAAGAAGAAUUAAUUGAUUUAUGUAACAAGGCUUUUGCUGCUUCUCCACAAGUUUUAGUUGAAAGAUCAAUGAAAGGUUGGAAAGAAAUUGAAUAUGAAGUUGUUCGUGAUGCUUAUGAUAACUGUAUCACAGUUUGUAAUAUGGAAAAUUUUGAUCCAUUAGGUAUUCAUACUGGUGAUUCUAUUGUUGUUGCUCCAUCUCAAACAUUAUCAGAUGAAGAUUAUAACAUGUUAAGAACAACUGCUGUUAAUGUCAUUAGACAUUUAGGUGUUGUUGGUGAAUGUAACAUUCAAUAUGCUUUGAAUCCAGAAUCAAAAGAAUACUGUAUUAUUGAAGUUAAUGCUCGUUUAUCACGUUCUUCAGCUUUAGCUUCAAAAGCAACUGGUUAUCCAUUAGCUUUCAUUGCUGCUAAAUUAGGUUUGAACAUUCCAUUAAAUGAAGUUAAAAACUCUGUUACUAAAGUUACUUGUGCUUGUUUCGAACCAUCAUUAGAUUAUGUUGUUGUUAAAAUUCCAAGAUGGGAUUUGAAAAAAUUCACUAGAGUUUCAACUUUAUUAUCAUCAUCAAUGAAAUCUGUUGGUGAAGUUAUGUCAAUUGGUAGAACUUUUGAAGAAGCUAUUCAAAAGGCUAUUAGAUCUGUUGAUUACCAAAACUUAGGUUUCAAUCAAACUGAAGCUUUGAUGUCUAUUGAUAUUGAUUCAGAAUUACAAACUCCAUCUGAUCAACGUUUAUUCGCUAUUGCUAAUGCUUUAUACUCCGGUUAUUCAGUUCAUAAAGUUUGGGAAUUAACAAACAUUGAUAAAUGGUUCUUGAAUAAAUUAAAUUGUUUAAUCAAUUUCUCCAAACACAUUGAAUCAUAUGGUUCAAUUGAAAAAUUAACUGCUUUAGUUAUUCGUGAAGCUAAACAAUUAGGUUUUGAAGAUAGACAAAUUGCUAAAUUUGUUGGUUCUAAUGAAUUAGCUGUUAGACGUGUUAGAAAAGAAUUUGGUAUCACUCCAUUUGUUAAACAAAUUGAUACUGUUGCUGCUGAAUUCCCAGCUUUCACCAACUACUUAUACAUCACUUAUAAUGCUGAUUCUCAUGAUGUUAAAUUUGAUGAUCAUGGUGUUAUGGUUCUUGGUUCAGGUGUUUACCGUAUUGGUUCUUCAGUUGAAUUCGAUUGGUGUGCUGUUACAGCCGUUAGAACUUUACGUGCUCAAGGUACUAAAACCAUUAUGAUUAACUACAAUCCAGAAACUGUUUCAACAGAUUAUGAUGAAGCUGAUAGAUUAUACUUUGAAACCAUCAACUUAGAACGUAUCUUGGAUAUCUAUGAAUUAGAAGAAUCUUCAGGUGUUGUUAUUUCUAUGGGUGGUCAAACCUCAAACAACAUUGCUUUACCAUUGCACAGAAACAAUGUUAAAAUCUUAGGUACUUCACCAGAAAUGAUUGAUUCAGCUGAAAAUCGUUACAAAUUCUCUCGUAUGUUGGAUCGUAUUGGUGUUGAUCAACCAGCUUGGAAGGAAUUGACUUCUAUUGAUGAAGCUGAAUCUUUUGCUGAUAAUGUUGGUUAUCCAGUUUUGGUUCGUCCAUCUUAUGUCUUAUCAGGUGCUGCUAUGAACACUGUCUAUACUAAAGAUGAUUUAGCUUCAUACUUGAACCAAGCUGUUGAAGUUUCACGUGAAUAUCCAGUUGUUAUCACCAAAUAUAUUGAAAAUGCUAAAGAAAUUGAAAUGGAUGCUGUUGCUAAAGAUGGUAACUUGAUCAUGCAUGUUGUUUCUGAACAUGUUGAAAAUGCUGGUGUCCAUUCAGGUGAUGCUACUUUAAUUGUUCCACCACAAGAUUUAGAUAAGGAAACUGUUAAACGUAUUGUUGUUGCUACUGCUAAGAUUGGUCAAGCUUUGAACAUCACUGGUCCUUACAACAUUCAAUUCAUCGCUAAAAACAAUGAAAUCAAAGUUAUUGAAUGUAAUGUUCGUGCUUCUCGUUCAUUCCCAUUUAUUUCUAAGGUUGUUGGUACCAACUUGAUUGAAAUGGCCACCAAAGCUAUUAUGGGUUUCCCAGUUGAUCCUUAUCCAUUAGAAAAAUUACCAGAAGAUUACUGUGGUGUUAAAGUUCCUCAAUUCUCUUUCCCACGUUUAGCCGGUGCUGAUCCAAUCUUAGGUGUUGAAAUGGCUUCUACUGGUGAAGUUGCUACUUUUGGUCACAACAAAUAUGAAGCUUAUUUGAAAUCUUUAAUUUCAACUGGUUUCCAUUUACCAAAGAAAAACAUUUUGUUAUCUAUUGGUUCUUAUAAAGAAAAAGUUGAAUUAUUACCAUCAGUUAAAAAAUUAAGUGAAUUAGGUUACAACUUAUUUGCUACUGCUGGUACUGCUGAUUUCAUUCAAGAACAUGGUAUCCCAGUUCAAUACUUGGAAAUCUUAGCUGAUGCUGAUGAACAAAGAUCAGAAUUCUCAUUGACUCAACAUUUAGCUAACAACUUGAUUGAUUUAUACAUCAAUUUACCAUCUGCUAACAGAUACCGUCGUCCAGCUAACUAUGUUUCAAAAGGUUACCAAACUCGUCGUAUGGCUGUUGAUUAUUCUAUUCCAUUAGUUACUAAUGUUAAGAAUGCUAAAUUAUUGAUUGAAGCUUUAUCACGUAACUUAUCAUUAGAAGUUUCAAACAUUGAUGCACAAACUUCUCACAGAACUGUUUCAAUUCCAGGUUUAGUUAACAUUUCAUCAUUCAUUCCAUCAUUUGAAACUUCAAAAGAUUUUGAACAAUCAACUAGUGCUUCAUUAGUUUCAGGUUUCACUUACAACAAUGUUUUACCAGUUACUUUAGAUGGUAUUAACGUUUCUGAUGCUUCAUCAUUGAAUGAUACUGCUCAAUUACUAUCAGAUUCUGGUUUCACUGAUUACACUUUGUCUGUUGCUGCUACUAAAGGUAAUGAAUCUCAAGUUUCUCAAAUUGCUAACAAUGUCGGUUCAUUAUUCUUACCAUUCAAUGAUUUCACCAACAGUACUGUUUCAGAUGUUUCAGGUCACUUUGCUUCAUGGCCAGAAAACAAACCAAUCAUCACUGAUGCCAAAUCUACUGAUUUAGCUUCAUUAUUGUUAUUAGCUUCAUUAAACAACCGUAAAAUCCAUGUUACUGGUGUUCAAUCAAAAUCAGAUUUAGAAAUCAUCAAAUUGGUUAAAGAAAAAUCUGAACAUGUUACAGUUGAUGUUAAUAUCUAUUCAUUAUUUAUUUCACAAGAAGAUCAUCCAGAUGCUAAAUUCUUACCAACUAAAGAAGAUCAAGAAGCUUUAUGGGCUGGUUUGAAAGAUAUUGAUGCCUUUUCAGUUGGUACUUUACCAUAUGUUUUAGCUAAAUUCUUGGGUAAACCUGUCACUGCUGGUUUAGGUAUUACUGAUGCUUUACCAUUAUUAUUCUCAGCUGUUGACUCUGGUCGUUUGACUAUUGAAGAUAUUGUUGAACGUUUACAUACUAAACCAGUUCAAAUUUUCAACUUACCUGAACAAGAUUCAGUUGUUGAAUUAGACUUAGAUCGUCUUGCUUCUACUUUACAUUCAGCCAACAUUUGGUCCCCAUUUGAAGGUAAAUUGAAAGGUGGAGUUGAACGUGUUCAUUUACAUGGUCAAACUGUUUGUUUGGAAGGUGAAUUAGUUAUCAACCAAGCUUUAGGUAUUGAUAACUCAGCUUACAAGAAGAGAUUAUCAGUUGUUCAAACUCCACAAUUCAACAAUGAUGUUGCUUUAGCUCAAAGUCCUCAAGUCAGAAGAGCUAGAUUCUCAUUUAGUGCUGAUGCUCAACCACGUCCAUCAAACUUAACUGAAGAAGUUAUUGUUGAUGGUGAAUCUAAAGGUACUGAAUUGGUUUCAUCUCGUCCACCAAGAGAACUUUCACCACCAGGUGCUAUUGCUACUACUAUCCGUGGUAACAAUCCAUUCUUACGUCGUUCAGUCUUAUCUGUUAAUGAUUUCAAGCGUUCUGAUUUCCAUGCUUUAUUCUCUGUUGCUCAAGAAAUGAGAUUAUCAGUUGAAAGAAAUGGUGUUUUAGAUUUAUUGAAAGGUCGUUUAUUAACAACCUUGUUCUAUGAACCAUCCACUCGUACCUCAGCUUCAUUUGAUGCUGCUAUGCAACGUUUAGGUGGUAGAACAGUCCCAUUAGCAGUUGAUUCAUCAUCAGUUAAAAAAGGUGAAACUUUACAAGAUACUGUUCGUUCAUUAGCUAGUUACUCAGAUGCUAUUGUUUUACGUCAUCCAGAAGAAUCAAGUGCUGCUGUUGCUUCUAAAUACUCACCAGUUCCAAUUUUGAAUGCUGGUAAUGGUUCUCGUGAACAUCCAACUCAAGCAUUCUUAGAUUUAUUCACUAUUCGUGAAGAAUUAGGUACUGUUAAUGGUAUUACUGUUACUUUCAUGGGUGAUUUGAAAUAUGGUCGUCCAGUUCAUUCAUUAUGUCGUUUGUUGAGUCAUUAUCAAGUUCGUGUUAACUUGGUCUCACCAAAAGAAUUAAAAUUACCAGAAUCAUUACGUCAAGAUUUGAUUCAAGCUGGUAUGUUAGGUAAUGAAUCUGAAGAAUUAACUAAAGAAAUCAUUGCUGAUUCUGAUAUCUUAUACUGUACUAGAGUUCAAGAAGAAAGAUUCAAAGAUAAAGAACAAUACUUAAGAUUGAAAGAUUCAUACAUUGUUGAUAACAAAAUUUUAUCAUAUGCUAAACAACAUAUGGCUGUUAUGCAUCCAUUACCUCGUGUUAAUGAAAUUCGUGAAGAAGUUGAUUUCGAUCAACGUGCUGCUUAUUUCAGACAAAUGAGAUAUGGUUUAUAUGUCCGUAUGGCCUUAUUAGCUAUGGUUAUUGGUGUUGAUUUAUAA